AUGACUCAAGCAUAUUCUGUAUCGAGGGGUCCCGCAGACCCUGACGAGUCUGCUGGGGCCCCUUUUCCAACAAAAAAUUUAGAAAAUGCUGAAGUCGUACAUUCAUCUUAUUCGAGUAAAGCUCGUCAAAAAAAAUUUCAUAGGCAUUUUAAACAAGUUAAUAUCGAGGAAAAAGUUUUAAAGUAUUAUUCUUGUGCUUUGGUUGGUGAUAUUCUUCUUCAAGGUCAUUUAUACAUAACUGAAAAUUUUUUUGCUUUUUAUUCAAAUGUCUUUGGCUAUGUUACAAAGUUAUUGAUUCCAGCUGCUGAUGUUUUAAAAAUAAGUAAAGAAAAAACAGCCAAAAUAAUACCGAAUGCUGUUGGUAUAUCGACAGAAGAUGAAAAACAUGUUUUCGGAUCAUUAUUGUCAAGAGAUUCCACUUAUAAAUUUAUGGUACAAGUUUGGAAAGCUGCAAUCAAUUCAAAUUCUGUUCAAGUAAGCAAACCCGAACCUUCCGACGAUGAUUCAACCGUUUCAAGUGGAAAUGAAGAAGAACCUUCUUCGUUUAUAUCAAAUUUAACUCCUGGUGCAUCAUCAGACAAUAAAAAAAAUUUAUUGGAUGAAACAUUUGAUGAAUCGGGACAAAAUUCACAAAAAUUUACAACAAUUUUAGUUUUGGUUAUUGCCUUACUUGCUUUUCUAUUCGCAUCAGCUGGAUAUUUACUUUAUCGUAUAGUUUUGAUACAAAAUAAUUUUAAAGAUUUUUCUUCUUCUACAAAAAGGUAA